CUAACUACCCUUACUCAUAUUUCUUUUUCUUCAUUAUUUCAUGAAGGGUAAAAAUGUAUUUUGCCUCGUUAAUUUUAUCCCAAUUAUACCACCUCCUAGUCACCUUCUAAGUGAACUAACAAACAAGUUCGAAACAACCACACUCUUAAUACUCAUCCCAGCGAUAAUGUCCGACGAUAAAUUGGUAUGCGUCACCGGCGGUAGCGGCUACAUUGGGUCACAGCUAGUCUCUCUCCUCCUCUCUCGCAAUUACACUGUUCACGCCACUGUCAAAGACCUCAAUGAUGAGAAGGAAACGAAGCAUCUAGAAGCUCUAGAAGGCGCUGAAUCUCGUCUCCGAUUGUUCCAAAUCGAUCUUCUCGAUUACGAUUCCAUUGUCGCCGCCGUCUCUGGUGUCUCCGGCGUUUUUCACCUUGCUUCCCCGUGUAUUGUCGAUCAAGUUCAUGAUCCUGAGACGCAAUUGCUUAAUCCAGCAAUUAAAGGGACGAAUAAUGUACUGAAAGCUGCGAAAGCGGCAGGUGUAAAGCGUGUGGUUUUGACUUCUUCUAUUUCUGCAAUUACGCCGAGUCCGAAUUGGCCUGCUGAUGUUGUUAAGGGAGAAGAUUGUUGGUCUGAUGUUGAGUUUUGUAAGCAGAAUGAGUUGUGGUAUCCACUUUCCAAGACAUUGGCUGAAAAAGCAGCUUGGGAGUUUGCUAAGGAGAAUGGCUUGGACAUGGUGGUGGUAAAUCCUGGCACUGUAAUGGGGCCAAUUCUCCCACCCACGUUAAAUGCAAGUAUGCUAAUGAUACUACGCCUUCUUCAGGGCUGCACUGAAACAUAUGAAAAUUUCUUUAUGGGAUCUGUUCAUGUUAAGGAUGUGGCCCUGGCACACCUUUUAGUAUAUGAAAACAAGUCUGCUACUGGAAGACACUUGUGCGUGGAAGCUAUAUCACACUAUGGUGACUUUGCUGCCAAAGUGGCAGAGCUAUUACCGGAGUAUAAUGUGCCAAGGUUUCCAAGAGAUACACAGCCGGGGCUGUUGAGGGCCAAAGAUGCAUCAAAGAAAUUGAUUGAUUUAGGUCUUCAAUUCAUACCAAUGGAGCAAAUAAUCAAGGAGUCUGUUGAGAGUUUAAAGAGCAAAGGAUAUUUAUCGUGAACAUGCUUUUUAGAGUCUUUCCUAAUUAGCCCUAAGAUCAGAAGCUAUGUCUUAAUAAGCCAUGCAGUUUACAGCCAAGUGUUUGUAUACUGUAAUAUGAUUUUGUACUAGGUGUUCUAGCAACCCUAGAUUGAACUAGAACUUGUAUUGGGCCUUAACAUUUGAGAGUUCAACUCAUAAGGAAUAAAUAUAUGACUAUUGUGGCCAUAUAGCUUCAUCAAAUAAUUCUAAUGCCAAAUCUGUCUCUACGCUA